CUCCCGUAUCUAAACCAGUACAACAACCUACCCGUGUAUUCUGUGUGAACACCCGUCGAAGUAGUUCAAAGAUGUCGACCGGGCUGUUCGCGUCUCUACCGAAACCCAAAUACACGGGCGAACAUGAAGAGGUGCCGACGCAUGCACAACCGAAAGGCCCGCGAAUUGUCGGGCCUGGCGUUAUCGACGAAUCUCAGAUAGUUCUAAAGCGCAGUGGCCCACCUCCAUAUGGACAACGUUCAGGAUGGCGACCGCGGUCGGUCGAAGACUUUGGCGAUGGCGGAGCGUUUCCCGAGAUUCCGGUGGCACAAUACCCUCUAGACAUGGGGCGGAAAGGGACGUCGUCGACAUCGAACGCACUAGCGAUUCAAGUAGACGCAGAAGGAAAGGUGAAGUACGACGCAAUUGCGCGGCAGGGCCACAGCGAAAGCCGGAUCAUACAUUCAAGCUUCAAGGAUUUGAUACCUCUUCGUCAACGAGCGGACGCUGGCGAUCUUAGUCUCGAGCGACCGAGUCAGGAAGAAGUACAGGCGACGGCCGAAAAGACAAAACAGGCAUUGGAAAAGUUGGUCUCGGGCGCAGUGGCGGCGCAGAAGCCCAAGAACGUCAAGGGUGCCUCGAGAGAAGAACCGACCUACGUGCGCUACACGCCGGCGAACCAGAUGGGCGACAACAGCAAAAAGAACGACCGGAUUUUUAAGAUUGUCAAGCGCCAGGAAGAUCCGAUGGAACCGCCAAAGUUCAAACACAAGAAGAUUCCCCGGGGCCCGCCGAGUCCGCCGCCACCAGUGAUGCAUUCGCCGCCUCGAAAGCUGACGGCCGAAGACCAAGAGGCGUGGAAGAUCCCACCGCCGAUUUCCAACUGGAAGAAUCCCAAGGGUUACACCGUGCCACUGGACAAGCGACUUGCAGCCGAUGGCCGAGGAAUGCAGGACGUCACGAUCAACGACAAAUUUGCGCAGUUUGCCGAGGCUUUGUUUACGGCGGACCGCCAUGCGCGAGAAGAGGUCAAACUUCGUGCACAGAUGCAGCAGAAACUGGCCGAGAAGGAAAAACUGGCCAAGGAGGAACACCUGCGCGAAAUGGCGCGCAAAGCGAGAGAAGAAAGGCAACAAAAGGCUAGGCGCAGAGACUCGACAACAUCCAGAGGACGGUCACGGUCGGUGGCUUCCUCAAGAUCAAGAACUCCAAGUGAUACGGAAGACGAUGAGGCGGCGCGCGAGCGAGAACGGGCCCGUCGAGAACGACGCCUGGAAAACGAACGACAGCUCCGACAGAGUCGGAUGGGAGCAGAGAAGAAGAUCCAGAUGAUGGCACGAGAACAAAAUCGUGAUAUUUCCGAGAAAGUCGCUUUGGGUUUGGCCAAGCCCACUCAGAACAAAGAAACAAUGUACGACUCGAGGUUGUUCAACCAGACUUCGGGCUUUGAUACUGGUUUCAACGAGGACCAACAUUACGAUAAACCGCUGUUCGCGGCCCACGACGCCAUCAAUAGUAUUUAUCGUCCCUCGGCGGCGAACCAGGACGAUGACGACGGUGACGAUGCCGCCGACGCCGCCAUGGGUAAGAUCGAGAAGUCGAAUCGUUUUGAAGUGCUUGGCAAAGCGAGCCAGGGGUUCAAAGGAGCUGAUCUGGCGGAACGCGAGGCCGGGCCCGUGCAGUUUGAGAAGGAUAAGGAUGAUCCGUUUGGAAUCGAUAGUCUUAUCGGUGAGGCUUCAGCUCGGAACGGCGGUGAGGGUGAUGCUGCUGGUAAGAAAAGGUAUGGCUUGGAAGAAGCUGAAUCGAGCGACAGAGGCAAGAAGAGAGCCAGAGUUGAUGAGGACGACUGAGGAUUGAAACCUGUGGUCGACCACGACAGCGGUCGUUUUGUCGUUUUAUGAUCAGCAAAACUGGCAUGGCAAUUGGACAAAGCUGGCGUCUUCAUGAUGGGAACGGUUUAUAUGAUUCGGUGGGUCGCGCGGUGCAUCAGUGCACCUACUUAGACAGGGCAUCUGAGGUAAUAUAGGCAGCUGUAUGAAGACUGUGCCUAUCUCGGUCUCUGUCUCGGUCUAUCCGCAAUGAUCUACCCGAUGACUCGAGCACUAUUAUGAAAGGAUGGAAGCCAAGCCCAUUCGAAUAUUGGGCAAUCCUGGGAAAGAAACAUUUCCAUCGUCACUGCUAACAGGGAAUAGAAGACCGUCAUGGCGCUUCACAUACCAGCAUCUCGCUCUUCGAAAGAAAUCUUUUGAGAAACAGAUAUCAAAAGCCGUCAUCAUGACAGCUCAAAUUCGACACUGGCACAACAAACGAACUGAACGCUCAAGAAUUGAAACCCCACACAUGCUUUUAUCUGGUGACAAGUUUGCAAGUUUGCCUUCCCUUCACCACUCCUCUCUCCUCGACAACCUGACACUCACAUCAUGCAAUGGACUCAAAGUCCCAAUGCCCGGUUUCGUUCCCGGAUGCACCCAGCGCCCAUUGUUGUCUACCGGCGUCAUAUCCCACUGCAUGAGAAUAGCGGCAGCAAACAAGACGACUUCGCGCUCCGCAAACGUCUUUCCUUUACAGAUGUGUCGACCACCGCCGAAGACUCUCAUGGUGCCAUAAUCGACGCGAAUGUUGCUGUGGCUCUCUUUUCCAGUGCCGUUGUCCGUUCCAUCGGAGCGAUUUAUUUUCGUCCAAAACCUCCUUGGAUCAAAUUUCUCCGGAUCCGCAAAAUACUUGGGGUCCGUCUGAUGAACGCCAUGCGGAAUACACACAAACUCGCCUUUGCGCAAGAGCCACGACUCCUGAUGGCCAUCGGGUCGACCAAGCCGCCCUGCAUCAUCUAGCGACUCGGUCACCACAAAAUCCCUAAGUACUUCCUUGUAACUGACGCUCUGGGACUCGAGACGCAUAGAUUCGAAAAAGGCGCCUUUGAGAAGCGGGCAUUUUGUCCACAGGGCAUCGAGGUCCACAAUCUCAAGUUUGGGAGCCUCGUUAAUCAACCCUCUUGUUUCUGGUUUUCGCAACUUGACGUACGGAGCGAGUUCGGCGCGAAUGUCUGCUAACAGAUUCAUCGAAGCUGACUCCGAGUACACAUGCCACAACAACCAAAAAAUCACUUGGUUCGCAUUAACAUUCAUGGCCCACAAAACAGCAGUGUCGAGGGCCCCAUAGGCCCUUGGACUCGCAUUGGCUUUCCGCAACGCAAGUGCCCGGUCGACAAUCACAGACGACACGUCCGACAUGUCUGUCCAUCGGUAGCCUGGAUCAUUGCCAUCAAGAUACCGAUACAGUGCGUCGUGGUGUUCCUGUACCGCGUGAAUCACGCGCUCGCGCGCCAUGGAUGCCGAGCGCAUGCCGGGAAACCAACCUGGCAUCCCGGCCAUGAAUAGGUUGAAUCGUGAAUCCAUUUCCCAGAGGUCUUGCAUGAUUCGAGGGUUGUUGUCCAUGAAGUCACGGCCGAACAGGAUCGUGCUGGCGAUGUCGCCUACGAAGUAGCGGAUUAGAGUGUGGAGGUUUGCUUCUGCGACCAAUCCACCGAAUUGAGUCUGAUGUUGAGGAGCAGGAGAAAGGCUGCCGCCGUCGAUACCAGAGAUAGGAACUACGUUCGCUUCGCGUUCCCAAACACUUUGAUCAACGGGACUCUGAGCCUCCGACACAAGAUUCCACGUCCUUUCCUCAACUGCCGCGACGGCCCGUUUCAGAGCAGGGCCCAGAAACUUUUCGCGCAACAUACUCGACAUGACGGCAUGGAUGUCGCCCCAGAGGGCACUAGGCGGGUCAAUUGUACCCAAGGACCCUCGGUCCGCCCAGACGUAUUUUAGGGCUCGGAUUAUGAAUGGUUUCAUGCUCGUCGGCGCGUCGGGCUGGAGGUCGUUUAGGAUCUGUUGCGCCAGACUGGGGAUUGUGACGAUGUUGUGUUUCGUCCCGCCGAGUUUGAGUGCGAAGAUCCCACUGUGCGUUCCGAGUAGGCGUGUUUGGUGGCCUAGAAAGGAUGUUACUCCGGUUGUGAAUGAUAUUGCGUGGCCGAGCCAUGGGAUCCAGUAGGGGAGCGUGGGGACUGUUUGGAGAAGUGUACUUUGCUGACCUGAGGUGUUUGUAUUAGGCCUUGAGGUCUGGUGAGAGUUUGAUGUCAAGGCACGGCGGAAUUUCAGACCGCUCACGAUCCGGGUCGUCAGGCAUAUGAUAGUGAUGAUCGCAACAAGGGCCUCCCAGGGGUGAGAGAUGCAGUUUUCGAUCGUCCAUUGUAGAAUGGCUCUUGCUGUCGAUUUUGAUGCCGAUAUUGAUGACAUGGGGACAUUUGUCCACCAGACAGGCAGUGGCCAAGGGUGUCGUUCUUCGUCCUUCGGUAUGUCCAUUUCUGAUAAGGACGAGAAAGAAAGGAGAAAAACCGGUGUUGGUGUUGGAGCCGAUUGCUGCCUUUAUCUCCUAUCGUCCUUCAACUUUCAAGGUUUGAAAGGAGACUCAGAUUUGAGGUUGUAAAGGUCUGAUCGAUGCUUCGGGCCAGAUGUUGUUGUUGUUCCGUCCUCGCUGCUUCUUCUCCGUGUCCUUUUUAGAUGAUGGUUGC